UUCUUUUCUCUCAUACAUGUUCAACUUUUGAACUACUAAAUUACUGUAUAAUUAUACCAAUAUGUCCACAAAAUACAAACACAAAACUGAAUUAUGAAAAUAGGUUUCUUCUCCCCCAUAAGUCACAUUCAUAUAUGUUUCUCUGGUCCAACAUCUUGUUUUGCAAUAAAAACAUUAUCAAGGAACAAAGAGGAGGCAUGUAUUAAAAAGGCAUUAUUAAAGGUGCUAAAUCAUUAACAAACCCAAAAUGUUUGUCUCUAAGCGUGGAGGGGUGGCGUCUAAAUGGAACUACACGGGGUUCAGGAAAAGUUAUUUAUUCAACAAAGUGUCGCUCUCAAUAAAGACCCAGCUGAUUUCAUUAACAAUGUUUGAUUUGAUCAAAAAGUGUGUUAUAUGUGGUGACAACAAAUGGAUACAGAAACUCAACCAGGGGAAGCUUUUUGGAUGCAGUGGGUGCGUUAAAGCAUCCUUCUCAAAAUGAGGAUCUCACUUUUGUUACACUGCCACGACGACGCCGGAGCAGUGUUAUCAGCCGUAUGAGCGCAGUGCAGAGUGGUGAACACGAGCUAACCAUCGGGGGAAACAAACAGGGAAUCGCAUGCAUGCAGCCGGGCCAACUUACAAAGCAAAGAGAAGCUCAGAUUACAACCCACGCCACUAUAUAUUAUUUACACAGUGCAUAGUUGCUGCUAUAUCAAUGCAGUUUUAACUUUUGUCAAGAUUUGCCAUGAUAAUAAUAAUUUAAGGUACAGGGUGGGGCUAUAGGUGGACUUUUAUCUUAGACUUGAGAGUGGGCGCAGAGUUGUGAGAGUAAUGUGAUAAUCUUUCAAAAAUUCCUGGUUUCUUUAAGUUAAUUAAGAAAAUGUCAUCUUAAAAAGGAUACCUGCAGGAUUUGACUAUACAGCUUCCACAUACAGUAUGUGGCCUGGAUUUGAGUAUCAGGAGCUGAUAACACAGAAAGAACAGCAAUGACUUAGUCAGUCCCUGCCCAUCUGGAUGUUUGCACAACAGCUUCUUUUUUGCAGCAGCAGCAGCAGCAGUACUUAUCACAUCCAAGUUCUCUCCUCCCCACUCUUCGGUCCGGCAGCGCUUUCUCUCUUAACUCCUUCCUUAUUUUCUGCGUUCAGCUGCAAAAAUGGCCACAGCUGGUAAGGUGAUCAAGUGCAAGGCAGCAGUGGCAUGGGAGCCCAACAAGCCUUUGGUGAUUGAGGAGAUUGAGGUAGCCCCGCCCCAGGCCAAAGAGGUCCGCAUCAAGAUCGUGGCGACCGCAGUGUGCCACACGGACCUGUAUCAUCUCUUUGAAGGUAUGCAUAAAGAUGGCUUCCCUGCAGUCCUCGGCCAUGAGGGAGCCGGCAUCGUAGAGAGCGUCGGGCCUGGAGUCACUGAGUUUCAACCGGGAGACAAGGUCAUCCCCCUGUUCAUCUCCCAGUGUGGAGAAUGUCGCUUCUGUAAGAGUCCCAAAACCAACCAGUGUGUGCAUGCCUGGGAUGCUGAUGUGAUGUCAGCCCCAGACUCCAGGUUCACCUGUAAGGGAAAGAAGGUGCUGCAAUUUAUGGGAACCAGUACCUUCUCUGAGUACACUGUUAUGAACCAGAUGGCUGUGGCUAAGAUCGACCCUGCUGCCCCUCUGGACAAACUCAUCUCUGGACGCACAUGGACGGGCACUCUGUUUGGAGGCUUUAAGGGUAGGGAUGCUGUUCCUCAGUUGGUCAAAGCCUACCUGGACAAGAAGUUGAUGGUGGAUGAGUUCAUCACUCACAACAUGACUUUGAACCAGGUCAACGAUGCCAUUGAGCUGAUGAAGCAUGCAUCCGGACGGUCAUGA